AUGAGUACUUGGUGCUGCAUCACGAUUAUGAUGUCCACUAUCAGUACGACAGUCCUCACGCCGGCUCCACAGAAGACUGAGGCCAAGGAAGCUUUUGACCGCCACUAUUGGUACACACAGGCGCAGGAAACGUUGCAGAAACGACUGCAGUACGCUGCUGAUAAAAAUCCUGUUGCUAAAAACGUGAUCCUGGUAGUGGGAGACGGUAUGAGCCUGACAACUGCCACUGCAGCCAGGAUCCUAAGAGGGCAGAGAAGAGGGCAGUCAGGCGAGGAUACAGAUUAG